GAUACUAUUGAAAUAUAGAACAUCUUCACUCUGAAACGCUCUGGCAGUAUCAAAAAUACGAUUUUUAUGGACACAAGAUUUCCGAUGGAAGACGUUAGUGGAUAGUCUAUCGGUGUCUGGAGAUGCUCAUCAUUUCGCCAGAUUGCCCCCAUCGCUAUUCUCAUGGACGAGUUGAGGUCGGAAGAUGUCCAGUUGAGGUUGAAUGCAAUUCACAGUAUACCAACCAUUGCACUGGCUCUGGGAAACGAUCGCGCAAGAGAGGAGCUUGUGCCCUUUCUACAAGAUUCAGUCGAUGAUGAAGAUGAGGUACUUUUGGCCUUGGCGGAAGAACUGGGGAGAAAUUUCGAGGAGUAUAUUGGAGGAAAACAGUACGCUCACGUCUUGUUGGGCCCGCUCGAAAAUCUUGCCGCGGUAGAGGAAACUUUGGUUAGAGAUAAGGCUGCAGAAUCCAUUGUCAAAGUAGCUGCGGUUUUGUCCAACACACAAAUAGAGGAGUACUACAUUCCGCUUUUAAAUCGUUUGUCUCAAGGCGAAUGGUUCACCUCGCGCACAUCUGCUGCUGCGCUGUAUCCACCCGUGUACUCGAAGGUUUCGCCUGCGACCCAAGAGCACCUACGAAAAGGUUUUGCAGCCUUGGGGUCCGACGACACGCCGAUGGUGAGGCGGGCUGCUGCUAGGUGGCUUGGGGCACUUGUGAAGAAUUUGCCGAAGCAGUAUGUCCUAUCGGAUGGCUUGCCGAUAUAUCGCAGGCUUCAAUCUGAUGAUCAAGACUCAGUUCGUCUGUUAACAGUAGAAGAUCUCAUCGUCAUAGCGGAGCAGCUGUCGCCGUCCGAGAUAAAAGAACAACUUUUGAAACAAAUAAGGCAUAGUAUCUCUGACAAGAGUUGGCGCGUGAGAUACAUGGCUGCCACCCAUUUUAACGAGCUUGCAGCAGCAGUAGGAUUAGAAUUAGUGAGAGAGGAGCUUAUGGGUCUGUACGUGCAGCUCCUGAAGGACAACGAAGCAGAGGUACGAACGGCUGGCUCGGGGCAAAUACCAGGGUUUUCGAAGCUGCUUGAUAAAGAAGUCAUCCUUGCACGAAUCAUUCCUUGCGUACGAGAUCUGUCACAUGACACGUCCCAACAUGUUCGUUCGGCUCUAGCAAACCAGAUCAGCGGAUUGGCGCCUUUACUCGGUAGAGACGCGACUAUCGAGAAUCUUCUCCCGCUUUUCUUGCAUCUACUAAAGGACGAGUUUCCUGAAGUUCGGUUAAACAUUAUCAGCAAGCUUGAGACGGUGAAUAAUGUUAUCGGCAUCGAAUACCUUGCGGAGAGUCUUCUUCCGGCCAUUAUUGAAUUAGCUGAAGAUAAGUCGUGGCGAGUUCGCCAAGCUAUCAUCGAAUACAUACCUCUCCUUGCCACUCAAUUGGGACGGGAGUUCUUUGAUGAGCAGCUUGGCAACUUAUGUAUGUCUUGGUUGGGAGACACGGUUUUCAGCAUUCGCGAGGCUGCGACUAUCAACCUGAAGAAGUUGACCGAAGUCUUUGGUGUUGAGUGGGCCAAAGUGGCCAUCGUACCCAAAGUUAUGGGGAUGGGACAGCAUCCCAACUACCUUUACAGGAUGACUACUGUGCAAGCCAUAACGACAAUUUCUCCCUCAUUGACCUUGGCCAUAGUUCGAAGUGAGAUCAUCGAGCCUUUACUUCAGCUGGCAAUGGAUGCAAUCCCCAACAUUCGAUUCAACGUCGCCAAGUCAUUAGAGGUACUGGCAACGACUUUCGGACAAUCAUCCGAAGGUCAUGCUCUAGUGCAACAGAGGAUCAUACCAGCUUUGGAGCACCAGAAAAAUGACACUGACGCAGAUGUUCGUUAUUUUGCUACCCGAGCAUUACAGAAAGCUCUUUCAGUGAAUGAGAUAUCAGUAGCGUGAAGGGCCACUAGGAAGUUGUCGAGGGAUAGACAUAAUUCAUAACAUUGUUUUCUUACCUGUCUUUGUAUAAUGUCUCCAUUAUCGCUAUUAGCCACAGAGUUAUGACCAGGAUUGAAAUCACUCGCAGUUUACAGACAAGAAUUUUCAAGUAAUACCUCGUCAUUAAAAUAGUCAUCAUUUUGCUCAGACUCC